AUGAAGGUUUCAAGAAUCUUGGUUUCUGUUGCAAUUGCUUCCAUUGCAGUUGCGCACCCAUUGGAUGUCGUUAAGCGUUACAUCAAUACUACCGAGUUGGAAGAUGAUAUCCCUGAUUCUUCCAAAGGCGACGCCCAGACUGCCUACGGAAAACCUUUUGCAAUCUACCAACCAAAAGCAUUUAUUGUUUCAAUGUUCGAAUACGAAAGAGAACCAUGGUUGGAUGCUUUGGAUUUUGCACACAAUAUAAGUAUUCCAGGAUUGUCACCUUUAUAUCCGGAUAUCUACUGUACUACGAAUUACACCGUUUGUCAAGUGACAACAGGGGAAGGAGACAUCAAUGCCGCUGCUACUUUGUCUGCCUUGACUUUGAACCCAUUAUUCGAUUUGACCAAGACUUAUUGGUUAAUUGCCGGUAUAGCUGGAGGAGAGCCUAAUUAUACAACCCUUGGUAGUGUUGCAUUCGCUAAGUAUGCUAUUCAAGUUGGCUUGGAAUAUCAAAUUGAUUAUACCGAAUACCAUAAAACAAAUCCGAAUUGGACGACGGGAUAUUUUGCAUAUGGAACUGAUAAUCCAUGGACAUACCCUGGGAACGUUUAUGGUACUGAAGUUUUUGAGUUAAAUGAAAGUUUAAGAAACAGAGCUUUCGAAUUAGCCCAAAAGGCCACAUUAAAUAACGGUACUCAAACUAAUGCAAAGUUUAGAGCCAAAUACACUGAGAAAAAAGCAAAGUCAUUUCCAUCAGUCGAAAAGUGUGAUUCUUUGACAUCUGAUAAUUACUUUACAGGUAAAGUUUUGAAUGACUAUUUUUCAAAGUUCUCAUCGAUGAUGACAAAUGGAAGCUCUAAAUAUUGUACUACUGCUCAAGAGGAUAAUGCUUCUUUGGAAGUAUUCACGAGGUCUCAAAAGCAUGGUUUAGUUGACUUCGACAGAAUUGUACUUAUGAGAAGUGUCUCUGAUUUUUCUAGACCACCGCCAUCAUUAGCUAACGAUACGGUCAAAUUUUUCACUAAGACUAAUGAAGGUGGCUCAAUAGCUGCAGUUGAAAACUUGGUGAACGCUGGAUUUCCAUUUAUCCGUGAUGUUGUUCAAAAAUGGGAUAAGAUUUACUCAUCAGGAAAGAGAUUUCCAUCUAAGAACUACGUCGGUGAUAUCUAUGGCACCUUAGGUGGAAUUCCAGACUUCGGAAAAGAGAGCUUUGAAGAAGCAUAA